UUUUACAGGUGUGGAAAAUUUAUGGUAACUAUGUGGUCAGACAGUAAUUAUUUACUGAUAAUAGAUAUUGAGAUUCAGAAAGUUAAAGCUUUAUAACCAUUAAAAUACAAAUUACCAACAUAACCUAUUAAAGCAAAAAGUAAAUAUGCUUAAAUCAGUCUCUAAUAAAAGUUCUUGCAGCAUUUUUCUUACUUUGCCUAUCUGUAAACUUCAGUUAUCAAUGGAAAUAUUUGUUCCUUGGUUUGUGUGUGUACAGUGAAACUAAUGUCUACUGAUAAACGUAAUCCUUCCAAGUCUAUUGAUAUGCUACUUACCUUAGUUCAUAGCUGCAGGUUUUUUGUGUGACUCCCAGAAACUUCUCAAAUCAUAGCUUUUUAAUGCAGGAAGAGCCCACAUACUCUGGUGUGAAGAGAAUGGCUGUGACUUUAGAACAGGCCCGGAGGGUGGGCUAUACACUUCUGAAAGGACUCCUGAGGUUCAGCUUCAUGGUUGCCAAUAACCUGGUUGCUAUUCCAUCCUACAUCUUGUAUUUAAUUAUACUGCAGCCUCUUCAACUGUUGGAUAGUAAGCGGUUCUGGUAUAUCGAAGGAGUGUUAUUUAAAUGGCUUUUAGCUAUGGUGGCUUCCUGGGGCUGGUGGGCAGGAUAUACAGUAGUCGAAUGGGGAGAUGAUGUUAAAGAGGUUUCAGAAGAUGAAGCCAUGAUGUUGGUGAACCAUCAAGCAACAGGAGAUGUCUGCACGCUAAUGAUGUGCCUUCAGGAUAAAGGCACGGUUGUCCGUCAGAUGAUGUGGCUGAUGGAUCAUAUUUUUAAGUAUACAAACUUUGGGAUUGUAUCGCUGAUCCACGGAGACUUCUUUAUAAAACAGGGGAAAGCUCACCGUGACCAGCAGCUUGUGCUCCUAAAGGAGCAUCUAGACAAACAUUACAGGAGCCGUGACCGGAAGUGGAUUGUACUGUUUCCAGAGGGCGGCUUUCUUAGGAAAAGGAGGGAAACAAGCCAGGCAUUUGCCAAGAAAAACAAUUUGCCAUUUCUUACACAUGUCACCCUACCAAGACUGGGAGCAACACAAGUUAUUCUGAAAUCACUUGUAGCUCAGCAAGAAAAUGGAGCCCCAGCAGGUGGAGAUGCGAUGGUAGCAGAGAGCAAAUCAAAAGGUCUUCAGUGGGUGAUAGAUACAACCAUUGCUUACCCUAAUGAAGAACCUAUAGACAUCCAGACCUGGAUUCUUGGCUACAGACGACCGACUGUCACACAUGUACAUUACAGGAUUUUUCCAAUUAAAGAUGUACCUGCACAACCUGAAGCCCUCACUGAUUGGCUAUAUCAACGAUUCAUUGAAAAAGAGGAUCUCUUGUCACAUUUUUACAAAACAGGAGCUUUUCCUCCUCUUCAGGGUCAAGCAAAGGCUAUUUCCCGAGAGAUGACCCUCAACAACUUGUGGCUAAUUGUCAUACAGUCCCUUGCAUUUUUGUCGGGCGUUAUGUGGUACUGCAUCCUUCAGUAUUUUUAUCAUUGCCUAUUUUAGAAGUUGAAAGGGACCUGAGGACACUUUGAGAAGCCAGGCUCUUGAAAAUCUGCAUCAUGUUUAUGUGUGCAAAUGUGAAUAUACAAGAAUAAAGGAAAAUGCUGGAUGGAUUUUAACCCCUCUUAGGGGAGAUUUUAAACUCCACUAAAAGUGAGGAUCAGUAAUAUCGUGACCUGAUGAUGUAUUUUAAGAACUGUCCAUAUUUUUAAAAGGUGGAUACCCCCCCACUCUUAAGCAAAUUCAGCAUUUGGACAAGAGGUGCAAUUGUACAACCACUGUAGAAGAAAGUCUGCAACAAAAAAGUUCUAACACCGCAGGUAUUUCUCGGCAUUGUAGUUAAAGCUCAGAAAAUUCAUCAAUUUUGUUUCUCCAGUAGUCUGCACUACAAGUUGUGUGGUUAGAGAUCCUUCAUUUGCAAAAACUCAAGUUUUACUGCUGGGAUCAGUUAAACAUUCUGCAGAGCUGGUUACGGUAUCUUAACUGCUCCUUGAUCAGCCAUCGUUGUAUUAGACACACCAUUCCUAAGGACGACACCCAAGUGAGAGCCAGUGUCAGCAAUGUUUUUUGGGAGAAAACAGUGCUCAGAAAGGUGUUUCAGUAUCAUAAUGUGUUUAAAAAUUAUGUGCACCUGAUAAAUCAGCCCAUUACCAUUGAGUUCCAUGUUCCAGUGUAUUCCUUCUUGUGAGGGAACUUUAAAAAGUCACAUCACUUGAUUAGUUCCCUUUUGUGUUUAAAAUGUGUUCCAUAAAUUGAUGAUUGUCUUUUUGCAAAAUGCACUUUUAAAGAUGAAAAUACAGUGAAGGAAAGGUAUAUAGCUUACAGGAAAAAGCAAGCUUUAUCUAUAGCAUCUUGGAAUUUUAAGAGGCAUUAGCUCUUCCUGCUGCCCUUCUGUGUUGGAUACCAAACUUUAGCCAAUAUGAUGGUGUUAUAGCUUAGAAACCUUUUUUCCAUUUGUUGCAACAGCACUAAAUACAUUUGUGGCAGGGUUUAAGCAAAUCAAUGCCAAAUCAUCAAUAUUUUGCUUAGGAAGAAUAUUAGGAAGUUGGUGUCUUUUUAAAAAAGUGGGUAUAAGUGCUGGCCUAAAGCUAUAGGAAAAUGUUCAACCUAUUUGUUGGGGGGAGGAGGGGGGAAGGAAUAACUAUACAGAGAGCAGUAUUAACCUGCCACCAUGCUGAAAGUGUCAGUCUGACUAAAAGAAGAAUUAAAAGGCAGCCUGGCACAAAACAGAUUUUCCUAUGUCUGGCUUACAAAUCUUUUGAUGGGAAGUCAGCGCUGUGGGUUCUCACUUCUGACAGGUUUAGUUGGCAUCAUGUUCAUGUGAUUACAGAGAUAAAAAAGAACUAUUCCUAGAAUACCAUUACUCUUUAUAAGUACAGAACAUGUAGUCAGAACUUAGAGUUACUAUGGUGUAUUAUCUUUCAUGGAUUGUAACUUUACUGAGAGCAAAGUAAGCCAACAGCAGUUGUAUAUGUUGAGUUUGUGGUAUAGAUUCCCUGUUUUUCCUUAAGCUCCUGAGAACCAGUUUUGAUAAGUAGUGUACAGAAUAAAAAUACAAAACAUAGCUUCAUAUUUUUCCUUUUGCUUUUGGGGGAAAACAAACCAAAAAAAGGGAAAGAUGUGAAUUUUUGUGGCUGAUAAUAAAAUGAUGCAUUAUAGAAGAUCAACUGAAAUACCUCAUGGACUAUUACGAUACCACUACAGGUGAAAUGCAGAAGACAGUGUUAAUGUUUAGCUUAGUGUUCAGUAUAAGCUGCAGUUUUCAAACUCAAACUUCCUGAUAACUAACACCCACACCCCCCCUACACACUGAGCUGAAUUGCAGUGUAAGAACAAAAUCAAACAAAAUACUGCAAAGGGAGGCCAGUUUGGAACAUGAGAAUUUUCCUUUACACUUGUCCAUUCUUGUUAAACUAUAACUGAAGUAAGCAAUGCAUUUCAUCUGCCAUAUUUCAGGAGGGAAGUUCAAUACCAACCAUCAUAAAUGUGGCCGUAAAUAGUAGGCCAGGUCUGAACAAGAGUGUACUGGAAAUGAUCUGCAGAGUGCAAGUGGCAGACUGUUUUUAUUUGUCUUACUAACAUAUGAUUUGGUUGGAACUAUGUGGUUGUUACCCACAUUCCAAUGUUCCCAAUUCAAAACAAAAUAAGUUGAAGGGGUUGAUAUAGAAAGGGAAGAUUGUGUCUAAGCAAGUUGCACAACAGUAGCAUGCAUCAAACUACUGUUCAUUAUAAACCUGAUACUGCAUGCAAAGAGUAUAUUGCUUUUCUAAUGCAGUAUGUUGUUUCCAGUGACCUAGCGUGACACACUAAGUACUCACAUGCUGCCUAAUGAAAUAGUAGGAGUGAGCAGUAGUGUGCUGAGAUGGGCAUAUGAUUUACCCAGUUCGUUUGGUGGUUAUUCAACCUGUUCCCUUUUUUUUUAUAUUGCAAAAUAUUUUUGUUUUAAGGCACUGAUUGUAGUUUCAAUGGGGAGAUUAAGUCACAUUAGAUUGGUUCUCUCCUAUCUGCACUGGAAGAUGUGAAGAGUGUGUUGUGCAUGGUUGAAUUAGGUGACAUUGGAAAGACACUGCUGUUAGGAAUUCUGAGUAGAAGUACCAUCCCAUCGUGGACUUAGAUGCUAGUUUAUGAAGGAGAAUAAAACAGGAGUGUUAAAAGGAUUUUUUUUAUUAAGGGAAAAAACAUAUAAAAUAUAGGUAAUAUAUAGGAAAUAUGGUAAUUAAAUACCCUGCUGGUCUAGACUGUUUGGAGAUUAGCAGGCUAUCUUGUAAAAUAUGCAACUCCUUUGAGUGAUAGUUCAGUUACCUGCACCUGGUUCGUGAUCAUAGCAGUAGUGGACACUUUGCUGCAAGCUACCCAGGGGAUUUCUGUUUAGAACAGUUUUCUCUGGAGAGAAAAAUGCAUCUAGUAGAAAAUUAAUUUAAUGGUAAAAGUACCUGCCAAGUUGCAGUAUAAUUAAUACAACUUUGAAUUGAUGGUGUAAGGAGCAGUAUUGUGGGGGAAUAUCUAAAACAAUGCAGGGUGAAAAUAUCUGCAGGACAUUUAAUUAUACAGAUUGUGGAACUGUUAAUUUUUCUACUACUUUAGAACAUGAGGGAGAACUAAAGAGAAUUUUUUAAAAAUUGCAAAUGUUGGUUCCAUGUUUUAGAUCGUACAUCUUUUUAAAUUGGUUAAUAACCACUUUGUGAACAAACAAUAUAGCCUUAGUAGUUCAGAGUUGCUGCUUUUUGGAUCCCAUAAAUGAUUAACAUUGUACCAUUCACAAAUUAUAGAACCGCUGUUUUUUUCCCUUUUGUGACUAUCCUUUCCGUACAGGUCCUCUUGUAACUUACAAACCGUUCGACCAACUCUUUCAGUCAUGAUUUGUCUUGAAAGAGGGUUUUUUUAAGUUGCUAUAGUCAUAUUUAAAAAGCCAGGCUUUUAUUUGUGUUUCUCAGUUAAAAUAAAUAAAUAAAUAAAUCUUUCUCUUCUAGAAGUCAUCAGAAAUAAGUUGCAACUUAUUGCAUCUAAAAUAUAACUACUGUUGGGGUGGUAUGCAUUAUUCACAAAAAGAUGGAGCGAACUGUCUUUUUUUUGUUUUUUCCCUCCCCUCAUUGCCACAAGUGCUGUGAACCUUUACAUCUGUUUGUAGAAAACAAUAAAAAUACCGAAUACUGUGUGUGGCAGGUAUUAGACUGGUCCACUUUACCUUGGCAUAAAAUUUACCUUGGGACCAAAGCUACUUAAAUCUGGGAUUUCCAAAUUGCAAAACUGUUUGGGGGUUAAGGUUUGGGGUUUGGUUUUUUGGUAGUUGGCCUGAACUAUUUUGUGCUGAUAUAACAAAAUCAGAUGGAAUAAAGUAACUGUACGAAUGAAGGUACUGUACUGUUUGGAAAUAAUGCAGCCAUAUGAAAGAAAAUGUGGUAUUUUGCAAAAUUGCAUGUGUGUUAAUUUUUACAUUUAAUUGUUUUUAAAACAGUUGGAAAAGCAAAAUUAAAAAAGAAAAACCACCUGUACUUGAGUUGCAAGGUCUGCACACAUUAUUAACAUUUCUGAAUUGUCUUAUUUUUAUUGUGUACAACUGUAGGCUACAUGGCUGUGAUACAGAGAAAAAUCUUUAAAAGUAAGGAGUCUAUGCAUUUUACAGUUAAACUUUUUAUUUUACCAUUGGGUAAUAAAACAAUUAUACAUUGAACAUCUGUUGUGUUAAAGUGAGUUGAUUUCCUUUAAACUUAUAACAAAAAGGUGUUUAUUUUGUACAACGAAAUUUAGUUUUCUUGAUGCCAUAUUGUUAACGUUAGUCUCUCUGAAUUUUCCCUCUCCCUGUUGUGUAUCUGCGCUUUGUUGUGUAUGGUCAGAGUGAAUGCAAAAACUUGUAGUUAGUUAUGAAAAGUGAUUUUGCAAAGGGCUGGUCACACUUGGAUUUAUUUUACUUACUUCUUCCUUAGAUAUUUUUAUCAAAUCUUUGCAACAACCAAGACAUUUUUCAGUAAUUUAGAUACAGAUACCAAAAGAGAUGUUUCUUUACAGAGACUAAGAGGUGACUCUUUUUGUUUAAGUGUGACAAAAUAAAGUUGAUUUUUCACGAUUCCAUGGUUUUAACCCUUCAUCGUUGAUAUGAUAUUUUUGUUUGAUGUGGAAGGGUGAGGUUGUACUAAAAUGUCCACUGUGGUUACCAUGGAAACAUCAAGUAGCAAAAUUGUGUUUCUGCUCCCAGUGCAGCUUGGGUUUUAGUUAGUGCAUAUAUGUUAUUACCGUAUUUCAAUAUUAAUUUAAAAUUAUAGAUUGUUGCUGUUUCUGGAGACUUGUCUUUCUGGGUCAGAACUGAUUUUUGAACUAACAAAAGAAAAAGGUGGGAAGAGGAAGAGCAACUUCUGCAACUCCUUUCUCUAGCAAAACUUUCUUUACAUUCAUUGGAAGCUUUGCUGGAGUAAGGACUGCAGAAUUUGGCCCAAAGGUUCUAGAGCCAAGCCAUGCAUUCUUUCUACGUCUAAAAUCCUCCUUGAAGGUGAUGGAAGUUCAGAGCAUGUAAAGAAUACAGGAUCUGGGCCCUAAGUAAGCCAUGGACUGCCUUCAAGCUAGAAAGAUGGGAAUUCAGUUUUUUCCUAGAAAGUGUUGCCAUCUUGUAUGUUUCUGAUGUGUGAAGCGCUCUAAUUUUAAACAACUUCAGCCAGGCAAAGCAGUAUACGCUGCACCAUACAUUCCAUGGCCCUGAACUAUAUAUCUUAACAGUAGCACUUACCAAGUGUCAUUUUUAGUGUUGUUAAGUUAACAUUUUAACAAAUAAUAUUGUACACAGUAAUAGGUAACAGAAAAAUGGAACUCUUUGGAGUACACUGAGGCAUCUUGCAUAAUCGGUAGAACAGUGCAAUGGUUGUAGUUAUGUCUACCUCUUCAUUUCCCUUCUGGGUUUUGUUUGUGUUUUUCUGUGAAAAAAGUGUAUAGAAAAAAGGGGGUGAGCGGAAACGUGAAAGCUGAAUUUAAAGCACUACGAGAUCCAGUGCUGACCAGCCCUAUUCUAAUGUGUUGAAAAAAGCCAUUGUUUUUAAUUCCUACUUAAUAUGAAAAUGUUUGGGUUUUAAAACAAAAAAACAAAAAAGUUCCUUCCUGUUGGAAAAAAACGUAUUUUUAAAAGGACAAAAAAAAUCCCUCUUUGGCUAUGAGAAUGUCAGCUGUAUGAGCAGGUGUGACCAUAUCAUAACAUGCUGAUCAGAUAUAAAUCAAUAAAUUUUUACCUCUCAGGACUCUGA